AUGUGUGACGAAUAUGAAAUUUUAGAAUUUUUGGAGCUGGAUUACCAAAUGGAGAGAAGAAGAAGACUACGUCGUAAAAGGAAAAUGAAUGAUGCCUUAAAAAAUAGACAACUGACUGCAUAUGGAUCUUCCAAUAUGGUUGUAUCAGAGACACCAGUACAGGUGGAGGGCGACACAGCCGCCAGUAAAAAGGCGGCCAAGAAGGCUGCCAAAGCGGCUGAGAAACAACAGAAGAAGGCAGAACAUAAGGCAGCGUCUGCUCAGCCACAAAAUGAAUCAGAACCAGAUACCUCCGAAGGGCGGUAUGGGGUGCUCAAGUUGAUUCAGUCAUCUGGAGACCACAGGGGCCGAGUCUACACUGAUGUCCAGGACUUAGGGGUGAAGAUUGAUAGCCAAGAAGUUUGGGUCAGAGCACGACUUCAAACGUCAAGGGCAAAGGGGAAGCAAUGCUUCGCCGUGCUUCGACAGAGCUCGAGCACAGUGCAGCUUCUGGUCAGCGUGAAUGAAGAGCGCGCUAUCAGCAAGCAAAUGGUCAAGUUCGCGGGCAAUAUUACAAAAGAAUCCAUAAUUGAUGUACGAGCGACCGUCGUGAAGACAGCAUCACCAGUGGAAUCAUGCACAGUACGGAAUGUGGAACUGCUGGCAGUAGAAAUAUGGACAGUGUCCGCCGCCCGUCCGCAGCUCCCGCUCCAGAUCGAAGAUGCUGCGAGGCCCGAGAAAAGCGACGACCCUGAAGCGCUGAGAAUCCGAGUAAACCAAGACACACGACUGGACAACCGCGUGCUGGAUUUGCGUACUCCGGCCAACCAGGCCAUAUUCAGACUCGAGGCCGGCGUGUGCAGACUGUUCCGUGAUAUACUCACUAGAAAAGGUUUUGUUGAAAUUCACACACCAAAAAUCAUACCCGCUGCAUCGGAAGGCGGCGCUAAUGUUUUCACCGUGUCAUACUUCAAGUCCUCGGCCUAUUUGGCUCAGAGUCCGCAGCUGUACAAGCAGAUGGCAAUAGCGGCAGACUUCGAUAAGGUGUUCACCGUGGGUGCAGUAUUCAGAGCUGAGGAUUCAAACACACAUAGACAUCUGACGGAGUUCGUCGGUUUGGAUCUGGAGAUGUCGUUCAAGCAUCAUUAUCACGAAGUACUGGACACUAUUGGGACCACGUUCACUGAAAUAUUCAAAGGACUGAGAGACGAAUACGCGGCAGAGAUAGCGACAGUCGGCCAGCAGUACCGAGUGGAGCCCUUCAAGUAUCUGGACCCUCCAUUGCGCCUCGAGUUCCCGCAAGCAAUACAAAUGUUGAAAGAAGCGGGAGUAACGUUGGGGGAAGAAGACGACCUGUCCACGCCUGAUGAGAAGCUGUUAGGAAGACUGGUCCGCGCGAAGUAUGAUACAGACUUCUACAUCCUCGACAAGUACCCGUUAGCUGUGAGGCCCUUCUACACCAUGCCGGACCCUAAGAACCCGAAAACGUCUAACUCAUACGACAUGUUUAUGCGAGGCGAGGAAAUCCUGAGCGGGGCGCAGCGUAUACACGAUCCGGACUACUUGAUAGAGCGGGCCAAACACCACGCGAUAGAUAUUAACAAAAUCGCGGCUUACAUCGAAUCGUUCAGACUGGGCUGCCCUCCGCAUGCAGGUGGUGGUAUCGGCUUAGAGAGAGUAGUAAUGUUGUACUUGGGUCUAGACAACAUUCGCAAAACAUCCAUGUUCCCAAGAGACCCGAAGCGAGUCACACCUUAAAUUAAUACAAAAAGACUAACAAAUAAAUAUAUAUUGUAAAAUUGAUAUUCUAAGUUAUUUCUGUAUCCAUUUUGUAUAUUAUAAAAUUAAUAAAAUUGUAUU